GCUUCUUCAACAGCGACAAAAGGCUUCUGAUUCAACCACCGCGGUGGUUUGCUAGCGAACAUAAAACCUAAACAUUGAAGCGCUUUAGACCAAUCUUGUGUAUAUUACUCUUAGUGUUUUAAACAUAAUUAUGUUUACCUAUCUACUAGUUCAUUUAAACGUAAUUUGCUUGUUAAAUUAGCAAAUGUGUUAAAUUGAUACUGCGCUAGGCUAAUCGCCCUGAGCAUGAACACACUAAACUAGACGAAUAAAGAAGCUCUUAUGAAAGAAGAGAUAGAAGCUUUCAGAAUGAAAAAGGAGGAAGAGGAGACUAUCACAUUGAAAGAAGAAGAGGAUGAUAUUACAGUGAAAGAGGAAGAUGGGAAAGAGGUUGUUAGAGUGGAAAAAAGGGUAGAAGCUUUCAGAAUCAAAAAGGAGGAAGAUGCCGUAACAUUGAAAGAAGAGAAUGUAGUGAAAGAAGAGGAAGAACCUUUUGGAGUAAAAGAGGAAGAGGAGGCUAUCUCAAUAAAAGAGGAGGAGAUUGAAGAUCUGAUUAACACCAGAGAGAGACGUGACUAUCGUGGAUCCUCUGGGGAGCCUCAACAACAUCCUGAUGCUGACGAGUCAGAGAAGAGUCUCUCCAGAUUAGAACACCAGAUGGAGAAUGUUAGCCUGCCCCCUUCCACCUUACUGCUGGGUAUGAAGAGGUUGUCUGUGCUGCUGGUGGACUGCAGGAAAACAACGGGGCUGAGUGGAACUGUGAGAGGAGGAGAAGAGAAGAAAGGAUCAGAUUUGACUCAUCAAAGAGGAAAACCAAACUUGGAACCGGAGAUGUCCAAACCAGCAAGACGACACCUCUGCUCCCAGAUUGGAAAGAGUUUUACCAAAUUAGGAAGCCUGAAAAGACAUGAGAGGACACAAACAGGAGAGAAGCCAUACAAUUGCGCACAGUGUGGAAAGAGUUUUAACCAGUUAGGAAAGCUGAAAGUUCAUGAGCGAAUACACACAGGGGAGAAGCUUUUUCAUUGCACCCAGUGUGGAAAGAGUUUUAACAAGUUAGGAAACAUGAAAUCUCACGAGCGAAUACACACAGGGGAGAAGCCUUACCACUGCUCCCAGUGUGGAACUAGGUUUACCAAGUUAGGAAGCUUGAAAAGACAUCAGAGGACACACACAGGGUCGAAGCCACACCAUUGCGCCCAGUGUGGAAAGAGUUUUAACCAGUUAGGAAACAUGAAAUCUCAUGAGCGAAUACACACAGGGGAGAAGCCUUUCCAUUGUUCUCAGUGUGGAAAGAGCUUUAGCCAGUUAGGAAGCCUGAAAGCUCAUGGGCGAAUCCACACAGGGGAGAAACCUUACCACUGUUCCCAGUGUGGAAAGCGUUUUAACCGGUUAGGAAAGCUGAAAGAACACAUGAGACUGCACACAGGGGAGAAGCCUUACAAAUGCUCAGACUGUGGGAAGACAUAUUACUCAUCACAGUCACUAAAAAGUCAUGUUAAAAUCCACACAGGAGCAGGUACCUAUGGUAGCGGAGUCGAGGAGCUCGUCCAGGAGCACACGGCGUUGAUUCACCAUCUCGGCACCGCCAUGGACCGUGUCGUCCAGACGAUGGAUCGCUGGGAGAGACAGGGAGGUCCUCCAGUACCUCCCCCAGCACAACAGGGGUCCUCACUACCCGUCCCUCCUGUGCGCACGGUGGAGACCUGCACCUCCCAGCUCCAUAGGCACCGAAGCGGUGGUGCUGGGAAUGGGAAUCGGCAGAGCCCUCUCUGGCGUCCGCGGGUGACCAGCAGGUUAUCCGGUUCCAGUGGGAUGCGUCUCGCCCUUCCCGGGGAGUAUGAUGGGUCGGCGGCACGGUGCCAGGGCUUCCUGUUACAGCUGGACCUCUACCUGGGCACCGUUUAUCCUGCUCCCUCGGGAAGGGAGAGGACAGAGAAAGAAGCUCUGAUGAAAGGAGACGAAGAAGCUUUCAGAAUGAAAAAGGAGGAAGAGGGGGCUAUUACUUUGAAAGAAGAAGAGGAUGAUAUUACAGUGAAAGAGGAAGAUGGGAAAGAGGUUGUCAGAGUAGAAGAGGGCAAUGUAGAAGCUUUCAGAAUCAAAAAAGGGGAAGAUGCCAUAACAUUGAAAGAAGAGGAUGAACCUUUUGGAGUAAAAGAGGAAGAGGAGGCUAUCUCAAUAAAAGAGGAGGAGGCUGAAGAUCAGAUUACCACCAGAGAGAUACAUGACUAUCGUGGAUCCUCUGGGGAGCCUCAACAACAUCCUGAUGCUGACGAGUCAGAGAAGAUUCUCUCCAGAUCAGAACACCAGAUGGACAACGCUAGCCCUUCCUCCCUCUCGGAGUCCCUGUGUCGUGUCUCUCCCAGUAGCGCCUUACUGCUGGGUAUGAAGAGGUUGUCUGUGCUGCUGGUGGACUGCAGGAAAACAACGGGGCUGAGUGGAACUGUGGGAGGAGGAGAAGAGAAGGAAGGAUCAGAUUUGACACAUCAAAGAGAAAAACCAAACUCUGCGGAACCAGAGACUUCCAAACCAGAAAGACAACACCUCUGCUCCCAGAUUGGAAAGAGUUUUAUCAAGUUAGGAAGCCUGAAAGGACAUGAGAGGACACACACAGGAGAGAUGCCAUACCAUUGCGCCCAGUGUGGAAAGAGUUAUAGUCAGUUAAGAAGCCUGAAAGCUCAUGAGCGAAUACACACAAGAGAGAAGCCUUACCAUUGUUCCCAGUGUGGAAAGCGGUUUAGCCAGUUAGGAAGGCUGAAAGAUCACGAGCGAAUACACACAGGGGAGAAGCCUUACCACUGCUCACAGUGUGGAAAGAGUUUUAACCAGUUAGGAAACAUGAAAAGACAUGGGAGGAUUCACACAGGAGAGAAGCCACACCAUUGCUUCCACUGUGGAAAGAGUUUUACGGAGUUAGGAAAGCUGAAAGCUCAUGAGCGACUACACACAGGGGAGAAGCCAUUCCGCUGCGCCCAGUGUGGAAAGCGUUUUAACCAGUUAGGAAACCUAAAAUGUCAUUUGCGUAUACAUACAGGGGAGAAGCCUUACCCCUGCUCCCAUUGUGGAAAGAGUUUUAACCAGUUAGGAAACAUGAAAUUCCAUGAGCGAAUACACACAGGGGAGAAGCCUUUUUAUUGCUCCCACUGUGAAAAGAGUUUUACGGAGUUAGGAAAGCUGAAAGCUCAUGAGCGAAUACACACAGGGGAGAAGCCUUACCACUGCUCCCAGUGUGGAAGUAAGUUUGCCUUAUUAGGAUCCCUGAAAAGACAUAAGAGGGUACACACAGGUGAGAAGCCAUACCAUUGCGCCCAGUGUGGAAAGAGUUUUAACCAGUUAGGAAACAUGAAAUCUCAUGAGCGAAACUCACACGGGAGAAGCCUUUCCAUUGCUCCCACUAGAUAGAGUUUUACAGAGUUAGGAAACCUGAAAGCUCAUGAGCGAAUACUGAUGAUGUUAGAUCAAUGUAGAAAACUGAUUUAGAUUUGCAAAAUGCCAUCAACAUUAUUGUGUCUUUGGCAUCAUUAAACUGAAGACUUAUUUUUUUCAAAAGUUCUCUGUAAUUAUUAUUACGUGAUUAAACUAACUUAAUAAUGUAACUGUAAU